AUGUAUGAAAAAUGUUUAAUUUUUUUUUUAACGUUAUCAAUAUUUGGAAUUAUUUUGACAAAAUCAUUGGAACUUCCGAACAUGUCGGGCAUAAGCAGAGAAUUAACCGGAAAUUUAAGUGUCGAUCAAUUUUUUUCUUUGUGGAUUAUUUUCAACGAUGAUGAUGUUCAAAUAUCAGAUGAACCAUUCACUGUACUAACACCAAAAAAUAUAAAAAGGUUUGAUAAUAAUAAUAAUAAUAAUAAUAAUAAUAAUGAAUUAUCAAAUUCAAACGAAACAAAAAAAAUCCUUAUCGACCACAUAGUUUUAGGACAAAAAUUACGUUUAGAUGAUUUUUCUGGAGAAUUUAAUUUUAAAACUUUAGGCGGGAAAACAGUAAACGUACAAGAAAUAAAUGGAACAUUGUAUGCUAAUAAAGCGAAAAUUAUUAAUCCCAGAGUUGAUGUAUCAGGAAAAGGCGUUAUGAUUAUUUUAGAUGAUUAUUUAUUUCCAUUAGAGGUAAAAAAUAAUUCAGAUGUAGAUGGAACAACAACAACAGCAACAAUUACAACAACAACAACAACCUUUCCUAUUACUGAUGUUUUAACUACAAUGAUAGAAAUGGAAAAUGCUAACGAAGAGGGAUCGAAUUCAACUUUUUUUCAAAAUUUAGUAGACCUUUUAUCAUUUUUUAAAAAUGGCGUCAGAGUUUUCCAACACUUUUUAUCCCGGUCUAAUGUUUCUCUUCUAUUAAAGAAUGAUGAAGAAUAUACCGUUUUGAUUCCUACGGAUCAUGCUUUUCAGAGGUGGCAUCCCAUAGAUUGGGGAUUUUACCCAUUUUCGGUACCGGAAUUCACUGAAAAUAUAAUUAUAAAUCAUUUUAUAUCGAAAAAUCUCAGGCAAGACAAUAUUAAAGAUGGUCAAGUUGUAAAAACAUUAGGCGGACGGGAAAUAGUUUUUACAAGAAAUUUAUUUUUUUUGAGUGCGAAUGGAGCCCCAAUAGUAAGAGGAGAUACACCGAUUCAUCAUGGAAAUCUCAUGUUCAUAUCAGAGGUUUUGUUUGUAAAUGAAGCUGAAGUACAAAAACUUCAUCAGCAAAAUAAAGAUAAAGAAACUCCUCCACUUUUAGCAUUUCCUUGGUUUGGUGCUCAAUUUUUGUCUCAUGCAUUUUUGGCUUUGGAACGCCAGAGAAAAUUUUCUCACAUCACAAGAUUUCUCAAUGCAGCAGAUCUUGCACCACAUGUAUCUGGAAAAGGAUACACCUUUUUCGUGCCAACUGAUGAAGCUUUCGAAGAAUUCGGUUUAGGACAAGUUCAAGAUAAUUAUUUUUCAAACCAAGAGGGAAUAUCAAUUUUGCUCAAUCAUUUUGUGAAAGGUAGACUUUAUGAAAGAGAUUUAAAAAAUCAAACACAAUUUAUAACUCUUGGAAAUAAAACAAUUUUAAUCAAUAAUAGUUCUGGUAGUAUUUACGUAAACGAUGCUAAAAUUGUUGAAAGUGAAAUAUUCGUGUAUAACCUGGGAACAAUGUUUUACAUAAAUAAGCUUUUAUUUGUAAAUAAAACUCUUCUUCCACCGAUAAAGGAGGAAACACUUUGCGAAAACCCAGCAACAACUCAUGAAACAUUAAAAACAGAUGUUGAAAGAAUACCAGAAGAACUAACAGAAGAAUUAGGAACGCUUCCAGAUGUUUUAUUAAUUGAAGACACAACACCGGUUCCAAACACAGAAACAGAAAAUUCAUAUGAUUCCAAAAUAAUAAAUAAUUCUUCUCCAGCUAAAUCAAAGAGGAAAAAAAAAUUUAUUAAUGACGUAUGGGAUAAAAUUUGA